GUUGGGUACAGGCUUUCCCAAAUGCGUAAGUAGGCCUCGAUUUCCAAGGCAGAGUGGUGAUUGCACUUCAGCCAUGAAGACGAUCUUCCUGUCGCGCCAUAUCUACCACACCGCUACGUUGACAAUACCUGUACGUCAAGUGGAAUCCACUGCAGUCGCGCUGCGCAUAUCGGCUUUCCAUUGCUGCAGUGUGUCAACAUGCCGAUCAUCAGCGGAAUGCGGACAUCGUCCGCUAGAGCCUUUCCACUUCAGUCGGUCGUCCGUGAAAACAUCCAUCACGCUGGAAACCCCCAGGUCAUCUCUCCGACCAUGCACACCAACAACCUUGCGGGCAUAAGCUCACGGAUACUGAUCAGGCAAUCCGUAAGGCAUGGUGUGGUCCACAUUUGAACGAAUUGUAUCUUGACCAUGAUGCGGGAGGUGUUCGAGGCCUUCCUGACGGAUCCAAUCCGCGUAAAUGAGGACGUAUUCGCGCUGUGGCUUGAGGGCCACAACGCCGGUGACGCAUUAGCCGCGCGACUUCGACUCCCAUCGGCAGUUCCGAUGCCGUUCCUGGGAGGAGACGCGGACGCCAAGCUGCGCGAGUUACUGUGGCGAGACACGGUGGACCAGUAUCGCCUCUAUGAUAAGCUAGAGCACUACCUAUCGCAACCGAGUCUGUUCCGCUCGCAACUCCUCUUCCAGAUUCCACCGGCUCAGCAAUACUACAUGGUGGAGCGGUACUACACGCGCGAUACCGACGUAGACCGCUGGUUACUGGGCAAGAAGCUCUCCGGACGUCUGGAAAAGGACCUAGAUGACGUGGCAGAGCGUUCCGGCCGCACACUCAAGAGUUGUCGUCGGCAACUGGAGAACCUGCGGCGAGUGUACGCUGCCGUGGAGGACCGCAACUUCCAUGGCCUUCCGUGUCGCGCUGUCAGCGAGCUUUUCCUGCUGUCAGAGCAGCUCUCCAGCAAAUAUGCGUGUCUACUCUUCAUCCUGCACACGAGAUUCCAAGUGCACCCUCAACACCCCGUCACGGGUUUCCUCACGUGGCCUGACCUGCGUUUUUUCUCUGCGUUACUGAUGACUCACUGGCUACCGCAACGGAACACGCUGUCGAAGCUCCAGUUCCCCAAAGGGACCAAGGAUACUGUUGAAGAUACAGUACAUGUCGUGGAAAACGGCGCUCAGAUCGCAUUGCGCUCUCCGAGCACGAGAGAGUGGCCCACAAUUGGAUUCUUACAAGAAAAGCUGCAACCUACGAGUGUGAGGGAGACGGUCGGGUUAGAUCUAAGUCAUCCACUGACGAACUGCCUGCGCGACCUCAAGGCCCACCUCAUCAAUGACAACGAUGUCCUUCGAGUGUACCGAGAGAACAUCAUGACUCGCGUAAGAUCAUGGACUGCAGCAAAAGGAACACUGAGCGAGAGUGCCCGUAGCUUGGACGAGCUCGAAAGCAAGUUGUACCUCGUGGUGCAUGGCUUCCUGACCAUCGGUGCUGGACUAUCGCAGCCAAAAGAGCUUCAACAUCUGCUGGAAUAUUUGCUCACUCGCGUCGUGCGCGUUUUGCACGACUGUGAGAUAGUGAAGUCACAGGUUAACGCACUCUUUGGGGCUCUGGUGGAUGCGUUAGCCGAGUUGGAUGUGUGGUAUCUCAACGGCGAGGAAACACGCAGUCUUCUGCUUGCUAGCUGGGAUCGCUUCAUCAGUGUUUGCCGCGCUAUUGUACUAACGGUCUACGAUCGUUGCCAUCCUUCGGCCGUUUUGGAGUAUCAGCAAGAAGGUCCCAGUGAUACAACAGAGGAAGCAGCAUUGAUGCAAGGCACUGAUAAUUCGUAUUAGCUGUUUGAUCUCGUAAAAUAUUGGACGACACUAGCAAAAACUCUUUUGGUUCCUUAAAGAGCACUGCGUCACACGAUUGGAGCUGUAGAGCUCGCCCGCAAGAUCUGAAUACCUUUUCGUGCCGGCGAUUGAGCGUAGCGUGGUCGCUGCUCGAUGCGCUGAUGAUAUCGCUCUCGGUGGCGUUGCAGCGUCCGCACUCGCCGUUCCUGAGCCACGUUGUAGGAAUCCUGAAGCGGCCGAGCUUGGUCUUCAUAGAGUUCCAUUUGGACUCGCAAUCGCUGCAGUCGAUUAGCUUUCGCAGCAUCGAGGCGUUGUUUCUCUUCUUGUCCGAGCGUCGUAAUCACCUUGGCUGGAAUAGGUAUCGAUCGCGACGUCGACGCACUGCCGUACAAUUGCGAUUCCGUCAUAAACCGUGCUGGAUUCGUAGUGUCACCUUGAUUAUCGCUGUGCGCGAAAUCGUUAGUAUUGUAAGAUCAUCAAUGAAUGUAGUAUCAAGGCCUACCUUAUAAUUCCUCUCGUGUCCGGGUAUGGAGUGCGGCCGCAUCGCGUUGGAGUUUUGGCUCGCCUAAAGACAAACCCAGUACUUACAGUUAGAGAGAAAGCAUGACGAUCAAUACCAGCUCAGCCUACCUUGUCAAGUG